AUGUCGGAGUCUUUGUUGUUCAAAGGUACCCUCGCCGGUCACGCCGGAUGGAUCACCGCCAUUGCCACCUCGGCCGAAAACCCCGAUAUGAUCUUGACCGCUUCCCGGGAUAAGACGAUCAUUGUCUGGCAACUCAGCCGAGAGGACGGUGCUUACGGUUUCCCUAAGCGAAUCCUGCGUGGCCACAACCACUUUGUCUCCGACAUUGUGACUUCCUCGGACGGGCAAUUGCUGACAACCGACAGAUCGUGUCUGGAUCACGUGACCGAACCAUCAAGCUAUGGAACACUCUCGGAGAGUGCAAAUACGAAAUCAAGGAUGAAGGCCACACCGGAUGGGUUUUCCUGCGUCCGAUUCUCCCCUAACCCGAUGAACCCAGUUAUUGUGUCCGCCGGUUGGGAUAAGGUUGUCAAGGUUUGGGAGCUCUCCAAGUGCAAGCUCCGCACCAACCACCACGGCCACACCGGUUACUUGAACACCGUCACUGUUUCCCCUGAUGGAUCACUCUGCGGCUCCGGUGGAAAGGACGGCAUUACCAUGUUAUGGGACUUGAACGAGGGCAAGCACCUGUACUCAUUGGAAGCCGGAGACAUCAUCAACGCUCUUGUGUUCUCUCCUAACCGUUACUGGCUCUGUGCAGCCACCGCUUCCUGCAUCAAGAUCUUUGAUCUUGAGAGCAAGAGCAUCGUCGAUGAGAUCAAGCCUGAUUUCACCGACAUUGACACCAAGAAGGCUAAGGUACCCGAGUGUACAUCGCUAGCUUGGUCUCCUGACGGUGGUACUUUGUUCGCUGGUUACACCGACAACCUUGUCCGAGUGUACGCUGUCAUGGGUUAA